CCGUGGCUGAUUCUUACUUUAAUUGAUCAUCAGAUAAAAAUGUAUAAAUUAAGCCGAUGGUUUAUUUCUGGAUUUAGUCCUGUCCUGGUCAUCUCGCCUUACACCUGCCGUUGGUCUGCAAUGUUGUCGAGAUCGCAGUGGUUGUUGAUUAUCAGUUGUGUUUUGUUUUGUGAUUUACACAAAAAAAUACAGUGCGCGACAGGGCAGCCAAAUGUGGUUUUUAUAGUUGCUGAUGACUUGGGAUGGAAUGACGUCGGCUUCCACGGGAGUAAUCAAAUUCCAACGCCGAACAUUGACGCGCUUGCAUACAACGGCAUCAUUCUCAACAGUCAUUAUGGACAGUCCUACGGUACUCCCUCCAGAGCGGCACUCUUUACAGGCAAAUAUCCUAUGAAAUUGGGGAUGCAAGGACCAUCUAUAACGCCAGGAGAAUCUAGAGCCUUACCACAAGGGAAACUUAUAUCUGAGUAUUUUAAAGAAAUGGGAUACGCCACUCAUCUAAUAGGCAAAUGGAACUUGGGAUACUCUAGAUGGAACGACACUCCAACGCUUAGAGGAUUCGACCACUUCUUGGGCUUAUACAACAGUUUUAGUAGUUAUUACGACUAUGUCACAAGCUGGAAGUUUAAUGGCAAAGAUUAUAGCGGCUUCGACUUGCGAAGAGAUACCGUGCCGUCCUGGAACGAUGCUGGAAAGUAUGCCACUGAUCUGUUUACGGAGGAAGCUGUUGAUGUUAUUCAGAAACACAAUGUAAACACUCCCCUUUUUAUGAUGAUUGCUCACUUGGCUGUUCACAUUGGAAAUGAAGGAAAGUGGUUGGAGGCACCUCAAGAGACUGUUAACAAAUUUAAACAUAUACGCGACCCAAACCGACGAACAUACGCAGCUGUGGUCUCAAAACUCGAUGACAGCAUCGGUGCAGUAUUCGAAGCUCUCGACGCCAAGAAUAUGCUUCAGAACACGAUAAUAGUAUUUAUUUCCGAUAAUGGCGCCCCUACAGUAGGACCAUCUCAUAACUGGGGCUCUAACUAUCCUCUUCGUGGAAUUAAAGAUACCCUUUUUGAGGGCGGAGUUCGUACGGUGGCAUGUAUUUGGAGUCCUUUGCUGGUUCAGUCUUCACGUGUUUCCACUGAUCUUAUUCAUAUCACGGACUGGUUACCUACUCUGUUUACUGCCGUUGGAGGUGAUCUUGGAGUUUUAGAUCCAGACUUAGAUGGAAUAGAUCAGUGGUCUAGUUUGGUUUACGAUUUACCGUCUGCAAGAAACGACAUCCCUUUGAAUAUUGACGAAAAAACGAGGAAUGCUGCGUUGAGAUUUUCUUACUGGAAGUUAAUUGUUGGUACUAGUGGCAAUGGAAGCUACAAUAGCUACUUCGGCGCACCUCUUAAUGAAGACAUUGAUCCACAAUCGUAUAACACUUCAGCUAUUAACGACAGCCCGAUAGGUCGCAUUGCCAGGAAAAUAAAUUAUAAUCCACUCUCGGAAAAUGACUUUGAAGGUUUGAGAAAUGUGGCUACAUUAAAAUGCCUCGAUGCCAAAGCCAAAAGGAAUCCGUGUGAUCCUGCGAGUGGUGCUGUCUGUUUAUAUAAUAUUCCAAACGAUCCAUGUGAAGAAAAUGACCUGGCGAAGUUCUUCCCUAGUGUUGUGCGAAGAAUCAAACGCACUUUGGUAGAUUAUAGGCAAGGUUUGAUUCCUCAAAUGGAAGUAACGACUGAUAUUGAUAAUGCUGAUCCUAAAUUGUAUCAAUAUGCUUGGAACCCAUGGCGUGAUUGUUCUGAUGUUAGUUGCAGUAGCUAGUAUUAUAAAUAAAGAAAUUUUUAUUUUUAAA